CCUUGGAGUUUCUCGGUCUCCGGGACGGGAAAUGGAGCGGGAGUAAAGGCGGCGCCGCGUGACCCCCGACCCCUUCCCUCCCCUCCCUUUCCCCAACCGGAGAAGCCUCGCAGUGAGGGAAAAACUGCAACGGAUUUCAUAUUCUGCCCAAGGUUUGCCAAGCGGUUGAUGCAGAAAGCCAAGAGAGCUCGUCUGGAAAACAAAGCUUCAGGAAGUUGGAGAAGUUCCUUGACCAGCUCGGGAGGAAGGCCGAGGAUGACGGCGGUGGACGCGUUGCUGGAGAGCGCCGAGGUGGUGGAGAUGGAAGAAACAGCCUCAUCGCAGUUCCACGUGGAGAAGCACUCGUGGGAGGGGCUGCGCGACAUCAUCCACGGAAGCCGCAAGUACACGGGGAUGAUCGUCAACAAGGCACCUCAUGACUUCCAGUUUGUGCGGAAGACUGAAGAGUCCAGUCCUCAUUCUCACCGCUUAUAUUAUCUCGGAAUGCCAUAUGGGAGCAGGGAGAAUUCCCUCCUCUACUCCGAGAUUCCCAAAAAGGUACGGAAGGAAGCCCUGCUCUUGUUGUCGUGGAAACAGAUGCUGGAUCACUUCCAGGCUACCCCCCACCAUGGGAUGUAUUCCCGGGAGGAGGAGCUACUGCGGGAACGCAAGAGGCUAGGCGUCUUCGGAAUCACUUCCUACGACUUCCACAGGGAGAGCGGCCUCUUCCUCUUCCAGGCCAGCAACAGCCUCUUCCACUGCCGAGACGGAGGCAAAAAUGGCUUCAUGGUUUCACCGAUGAAGCCGUUGGAACUCAAGACCCAAUGCUCAGGGCCUCGGAUGGAUCCCAAAAUCUGUCCGGCAGACCCUUCUUUUUUCUCAUUCAUCAACAACAACGACCUCUGGGUAGCAAACAUCGAUACAGGAGAAGAGCGCCGGCUGACGUAUUGCCAGAAAGGUUUAUCCAGUGUGUUGGAUGACCCCAAAUCAGCCGGCGUCGCCACAUUUGUUAUCCAGGAGGAGUUUGAUCGGUUUACGGGAUACUGGUGGUGUCCCACUUCUUGCCAAGAAGGCCCCGAGGGCUGGAAAACGUUGCGGCUCUUGUACGAGGAGGUGGAUGAGUCGGAAGUGGAGAUCAUUCACGUUCCUUCUCCUGCCCUGGAAGAAAGGAAAACGGAUUCAUAUCGGUAUCCGAGAACAGGCAGCAAGAACCCCAAAAUCUCAUUGAAGCUGGCAGAAUUUCAGGUGGACAGCCAAGGGAAGAUCGCCUGCGCCCAAGACAAGGAGCUGGUGCAUCCGUUCACUACAAUGUUCCCACGGGUGGAGUACAUUGCGCGGGCUGGGUGGACCCGAGAUGGGAAAUAG